GCUUCAAAAGAACGAUCGACGCCCCUCGAACUCUCAGUCAUCCUCGAAUCGUUUUCGCUCCGACAUCGCAUUGUCGGUCGUCACUUCACUUCGACGGUCGCGCACUGUCUCGUGUCCGUGUCCGUGCGUGUCUUGUGUGUGUGUGUGUACGAUCCACGAUCCAGUUGAGUCAGUGGCGAUGGCGGAACGUCAAAGCAUCUACAGCAUCGACCAUCUGCUCGGCAACAACGUUCCUACCGCCGCGGACAAGGAACCGAUGGACGACGUCGACAUCAACUCGCAUCCCGAAGAGGACCAGCAGGAGGAUCAGGACUCGCGUCCGCGCAAGAUCCGCAGGAGCCGCACCACCUUCACCACCUUCCAACUGCACCAGCUGGAGAGGUCGUUCGAGAAGACGCAGUACCCGGACGUGUUCACCAGAGAGGAGUUGGCCAUGCGACUGGACUUGAGCGAGGCCAGAGUGCAGGUCUGGUUCCAGAACAGGAGAGCCAAGUGGCGCAAGCGGGAGAAGGCGUUGGGCCGCGAGGUGCCCUUCAACCCGCCGGAGAUGCCCGCCGACUUCCCGCUGCCGCUCUACUACCCGGUCCAGCUGUGGCCCAAGGUGCCGCAGUUCGGGUUCCUGCGCUACGUCAAUCUGGGCCAGUUCCAGCAUCAGCAUCAGCAGCAUCAGCAGCAGCAGCAGCAGCAGCAGCAGCAGCAACGCUCCGAGAGCAACAGUCCCGAACUGCAGGAGUUCACUCCGCAAGCUCUGGAGGCGUUCAGGUUGCGGACGGCCGAAAUCCUGGCCGGCAACCUGAGGGGAGGAUAAACUCCACUCUGCACAUUUGUAAAUAGGCGCUUUUGUAAAUACCUUACUUAAAUUAUUGUGUACAUAAAUAAUUUAUUAGUCGUUAAUCAAUCAAUCAGUAGGCAACAGACAACAGACAACAGACCCUAUGUAUGUAUCCGUAAUGAAUUGUGAUUCUGUA